AUGAGAUUCACAGCCGGCCAUCCGUUUAUGCUGUCUCUCAGCGCCUUCGCCGUAGCUUCCUUCGUUCAUGCGAUAGACUCCCCCGCCGGUGAUGCAACGGGAAGGGCCUCAAUGGACGCUACCACGGCGCCGACAGCCGAAGUUGUCGUGAGCGGAUUACGAUCCCUCGAGCUCUUCGACCCCAGCGAAUCGUAUUCGAAAGACUCUGCGGAUGUGCCUGGGGCGUUUCUGUCUCUCGCUACCGCAUCUGAACUGGGUCCUUCUUUUUCAAAGACCUGGGCGCGAUAUCCCUCCGUUGCGUUCGUUCCACCCGUCGACAUUGGCGGGGCUCCUCUGCCUAGUUCGCUCAGAGCUGUGGACGACCCUGUAGACCCGGAAGAGUUCUCGUUCGUGAUUGCCCGCGCCAAAGAUGAGUUCCUCGCGAGCUUGUCCCCGUCCGCCCGGAGGCAGUGGACUCUGUGGUUGAAGCGAGGGGGCGAGACACCUGGUUUGUUCCACCGGAAGGAGGAAAAUGAAGAGGCGGUGCCCAGUGGAGGAGGGCUCUUUCCGAGUGCCCUUAUCCACACGCAGGGCGUCCACGAUGACAAGACACCAUUCUUCUUUCCGAGUGCCCUUAUCCACACGCAGGGCGUCCACGAUGACAGGACACCAUUCUCUAAGAAACAGAAGGACAAAUCGACUUCUCACCGCAAGCUCGAUGGCCCGGGCUUGCGAGUUCAACACAAACGGAAGCUGCCUCCCUCCGUAGCGCCGCCCCUUUCAACGGCCGAUCUACACCCCGAAAAAGACGCAGCGACCUACCAGGAUCUGCCGGCUGCGACAAGCAUUGCUGCCAUUUCGCCAGAUCCACAGACACCGCCACCGCCGGCAGAGAACCAAAUGAACAUGCGCCGCGCUGAUCCCGACCACAAAUCGCUAUCUGAUGCAGUCGCAGCCCCUACACCAGGUGUGGAAGUCGCCACAGGGAAGAAAUCGAAACGUGCAGUAGGCGCGUCAUUGAGUGAUAGCGCAACGCGGAAAAAACAACGUUUCCGCCCUCGCAGUAACAGGGACGCUCAGCACCCCGACGCAGGCACCGGCACACUGCGUGCCGAUGCCAUGACGUCUUCCUCAGUGACCACCGGAAAUCAAAAUUUGGCACCUUCCGUGCCGCCUACAUAG